AUGGCGAAAAGCAUGAAAAAUUUAAAGGCUUUCGUGUACGUUUCAACAGCAUAUUCGCCAUGUUCGGAAACAAAAUUCAUCCAGGAAGAAUUCUACGACCCUCCGGUCAAACCUCGUAAAUUAUUAUCACUAAUUGAUCAGCUGGAUGACAAGAUACUGAAAGAAAUCACUCCCAGAUUGAUGAAAUCAAAUCCGGAUAUGUGCAUGUUUACAAAAUCGAUAGCCGAAGAUUUGUGUCGUGAGAAAGCUUCCGAAUUACCCCUUUGUAUUUUUAGACCAGCAUCAGUUUUACCCAGUUAUAAAGAACCUGCUCCAGGAUGGACUAAUAAUUCUUACGGGGUGGCUGGAGUUCUUAAAGGUCACGGUCUCGGUAUUACAAAAGUUAUAUGUGCUAAUGAAUCGAGUAAAGCUUGCAUUGUACCAGGAGAUUAUUGCACGAAUGCUUUAAUUCUAUCUGCGUACUAUACGAGUAAAUCAUGGGAGAGCGAAUCAUUCGACGAAUCUGAAUUCGAAGUACCCAUAAUUAACUACAGCAAUUGUACCACCAAAUUCAGAGUCACGUGGGGAAGUUUAAUGAACGAACAUAAAAAAUCAGUGGAAAAAUAUCCAUUUAACGAUAUGGUGUCUUUGCCACAUCUCAGAUUGAUCAAUAAUUACGUGAUAUAUCGUUUCCUAGCAUUUAUACAUUUGAUUAUUCCCGAUUUACUGGACACGGGUUUAAUACUCAUUCGUCAAAAUACCAGAUUCAAAAAAUACUACCAUAAAUUACAACGUUAUUUAACCGCGAUGAUACCUUUUUUCACCCAAGAAUGGACCGUUACCAAUAACAAUAUCAAUGAAAUAUGGUCCACGUUGUCCAAAAAAGACAAAAAAUUAUUUUACUGCAAUUUAGAUGAUCUAAACACCGAGCAAUAUUUUGAAGUAAUUACUCGAGGAGUACGUCUGUAUUUAGCCCGCGAUAAAGAAGAUACUAUACGGAAAGCCCAACAAAAACGAAAUACAAUACUCUUUUCGUAUUACGUUGGCUACGCAUUACUUGCAUUGACCCUCCUGUGUUUGGCAGUGAAGCUUUACAUCUAUUAUCCAUAUUUUUCAUAUUAUUUUGGUUGAUUUUACGAAGACAUUUUGCCUACCUGUGGUUUAGCUUGCAUUUUGGUUGUAUUUCUCCAUAAAAAAAUAAAUAUUCGUGACUUAAAUUCUAUUAGAUCGGGGUGUCUUUAACUGAGGAAUUAUUAUUCAAUAAAAUACCCUCGCAAUCACAGACCUUCUUUUUACAGCAUUCUUGUUACCGUUCGGGAAUUUCGAAUUUUCACCGAAAAAUUCGCACUAGUAAUCCAAUCCACUAACUAUGAAUAAGUAUAAUGUUAAAUUCACUCACCCUUGAAUGGUUCAACAUCCAGGAAAA